AUGUCAUUUAUCAACAGUGGAGAGAGUGGUGCUGGGAAGACAGUUUGUGCAAAGUUCAUCAUGAGUUACAUUGCAAAGGUUUCUGGUGGUGGACAAAAUGUUCAGAGAGUAAAAGAUGUCAUCCUAGAGUCAAAUCCUUUACUAGAAGCAUUUGGAAAUGCAAAGACUGUUAGAAACAAUAACUCUAGCAGAUUUGGAAAAUAUGUGGAGAUMCAGUUUACAAGAGGAGGUCAACCUGAUGGUGGAAAAAUAUCAAAUUUUCUUCUUGAAAAGGUAGUUUCUAUAGCUAGUGUAGUUGCCGUAGCUUGUGUAGAUGUUGUAGUUGCCAUAGCUAGUGGUGUG